AUGCCAACGUUAUACGUAAGGUUCAAGAAGAGCACGAACCUUCCGUCUGUGGAAAUAAUGAUGGGAGAUUACAUCGAAAUCAUCUGCCCCAUAUAUUCCAACACGACGGAUGCCAGCGUGAUGGAGGUCUACGUUCUCAGAUGGGUAUCUGAAGAGGAAUACAGAGGUUGUUACGUAAAAAAUCCGAACAGCAAGAUUUUCCAGUGUGAUACUCCAUUGAAGAGGAACAAGUUCACGCUGGCCAUCCUUCCCAACCCCUCUGUUCCCGGUCAGAUGACAUUCAAGGAGGACACGCGUUACUACAUGACCAGCACGUCCACAGGCCGAUCUGAAGGUUUGUUGAACAAGGAAGGAGGCGUGUGUGCAGAAAGAAAUAUGAAGCUCAUUUUCUACGUACCAAAGUUGCAUUUUAACAUUGCUAGCAGCGCUGUUUCAAUUGAUGGCAAAGAAGACAAUUCUGCCUGA